UAAAGGCUGAACACAGUCUCAAAACACGUUGUCUUUCCGUUACAUUCACUGAAUGUGAACUCAAACCACGUUUUCAUCGCUUUCUAAAUGCAAUUUGCGUUCAUUUUGUCGAUUCGUAUCUAAAAACAAGAUAAUCAACGGCUAAGACAUGGGCUCGAGAUAUAACUUCAAGAGCAUUACAGUGGUUCCGACCACCAAAGACUUCAUCGAUAUCGUGUUGUCGAAGACGCAGAGGAAGACACCGACUGUUGUCCACAAGCACUACAAGAUAUCGCGGAUCAGGUCCUUCUAUAUGCGAAAAGUGAAGUUCACUCAACAGAACUUCAGAGACAAAUUGGAUGCCAUUGUCACCGAAUUCCCCAAAAUGGAGGAAAUCCAUCCAUUCUUUGCGGAUCUGAUAAAUGUCUUGUACGACAGAGACCACUAUAAGCUGGCUUUG